CUAAGGUGAUGCGGAGGGCCUUCCCAUUGACGCAAACUGACGUCAUAAUGUAUAAGGGCGAUCCCUUCAGGAGUGUUAACUAUAUCUAGAGAGCGGCCUGGCAGGCGCUGAGGUUUUCCGAAGCUAAAACCUUCAGAGGUAGAUUCAGGGAAGUGUACGUUCUGAGAAAGUAGUUCUGAAGUGCGAGGUAGUACUGUCCUGCCCUGUUCCAAUAUGGCAGCGUGGCUUCGCUGAAUGUGUCACUUCCGCUCUUCUGCCCGGAUGCGCUCUGUGAUUGGCUAAUAUACUUCUCCAUAGAGUGACAUAAUGGAGCACUGACCAAUUGACUGAGAGCUGAGCUGGACUUGGAGGGAGCCGGAGCGGGAUCCGGAGCUGGAGCUGGACUUUUGCCGCUGUGGGCUCGUACGGCUCGGGACAGUUCCUUUUUAGACGAUGACGACCUAUCUGGAGUUCAUUCAGCAGAAUGAAGAACGUGAUGGUGUGCGCUUCAGUUGGAAUUUGUGGCCAUCCAGCCGUCUGGAGGCCACGCGAAUGGUGGUCCCGCUGGCCUGUCUGCUCACUCCUUUGAAGGAACGUCCGGACCUGCCUCCUGUACAGUAUGAACCUGUGUUUUGCAGCAGGCCCACCUGCAAAGCUGUCCUCAAUCCGCUUUGUCAGGUUGAUUAUCAAGCAAAACUUUGGGCUUGUAAUUUCUGUUUCCAAAGAAACCAGUUCCCGCCGGCGUACGCAGGCAUAUCCGAGGUGAACCAGCCUGCCGAGCUCAUGCCCCAGUUCUCUACAAUUGAGUACGUGGUACAGCGAGGUCCUCAGUCCCCUCUGAUCUUCCUCUACGUGGUGGACACAUGCCUGGAGGAAGAUGACCUCCAGGCCCUCAAAGAGUCCCUGCAGAUGUCCCUGAGCCUCCUGCCUCCAGAGGCCCUGGUGGGCCUCAUCACUUUCGGCAGGAUGGUGCAGGUUCAUGAGCUGAGCUGUGAAGGAAUCUCCAAAAGUUACGUCUUCCGCGGGACCAAGGAUUUAACUGCAAAGCAAAUUCAGGAUAUGCUGGGCCUGUCCAAGCCAGCCAUGCCCAUGCAGCAAGCGAGACCUGUGCAGCCUCAGGAGCACCCUUUUGUCUCCAGCAGGUUUCUGCAGCCCAUUCACAAGAUCGACAUGACCCUCACGGAUCUCCUCGGGGAGCUGCAAAGGGACCCGUGGCCAGUCACUCAGGGAAAGAGGCCUCUGCGAUCCACGGGGGUCGCAUUGUCCAUUGCUGUCGGCUUGCUUGAGGGGACUUUUCCAAACACGGGAGCCAGGAUCAUGCUGUUCACUGGCGGGCCCCCCACGCAGGGGCCCGGCAUGGUGGUCGGAGACGAGUUAAAGGUUCCCAUUCGUUCCUGGCAUGACAUUGAGAAGGAUAACGCGCGGUUCAUGAAAAAGGCAACGAAGCACUAUGAGAUGCUUGCCCAACGAACGGCCGCGAAUGGUCACUGCAUUGACAUUUAUGCUUGUGCCCUUGACCAGACUGGACUUUUGGAGAUGAAGUGUUGUACAAAUCUUACUGGAGGCCACAUGGUGAUGGGAGACUCUUUCAACACCUCCCUCUUCAAGCAGACCUUCCAAAGAAUUUUUAGCAAAGAUUUUAAUGGAGAUUUCCGAAUGGCGUUUGGCGCUACUUUGGAAGUAAAGACCUCUCGGGAGCUGAAGGUCGCAGGAGCCAUCGGUCCAUGCGUGUCUCUGAAUGUGAAGGGACCAUGUGUGUCAGAAAAUGAGCUUGGUGUGGGUGGCACAAGUCAGUGGAAGAUCUGCGGCCUGGACCCCACAUCCACCCUUGGCAUCUACUUCGAAGUCAUCAAUCAGCACAACGCCCCGAUCCCCCAAGGAAGCAGAGGCGCCAUCCAGUUUGUCACGCAGUACCAGCACUCUAGCACUCAGAAGCGCAUCCGUGUGACCACCAUUGCUCGAAAUUGGGCAGAUGUACAGAGCCAGCUCCAGCUCAUAGAAGCUGCGUUUGACCAGGAGGCCGCAGCGGUCCUGAUGGCGCGGCUCGGAGUGUUCCGGGCGGAGUCGGAGGAGGGCCCCGAUGUGCUCAGGUGGCUGGACCGGCAGCUCAUCCGACUGUGUCAGAAGUUUGGACAGUAUAACAAAGAGGAUCCCACUUCUUUUAGGCUCUCGGAUGCCUUUUCUCUGUAUCCUCAGUUCAUGUUCCACCUCAGAAGAUCGCCGUUCCUCCAGGUGUUUAACAACAGUCCUGAUGAGUCGUCCUACUACAGACACCACUUUGCCCGGCAGGACCUGACCCAGUCCCUGAUCAUGAUCCAGCCCAUCCUCUAUUCCUACUCCUUCCACGGCCCCCCGGAGCCAGUGCUCUUGGACAGCAGCAGCAUUCUAGCUGACAGAAUCUUGCUGAUGGACACGUUCUUCCAGAUUGUCAUUUAUCUUGGCGAGACCAUAGCCCAGUGGCAGAAGGCUGGCUACCAGGACAUGCCCGAGUACGAAAACUUCAAGCACCUGCUGCAAGCCCCGCUGGACGACGCACAGGAGAUUCUGCAGGCGCGCUUCCCCAUGCCGCGCUAUGUCCACACUGAGCACGGCGGCAGCCAGGCUCGAUUCCUUUUGUCCAAAGUGAACCCGUCUCAGACACACAAUAACCUGUAUGCUUGGGGACAGGAAACUGGAGCACCCAUCCUGACCGACGACGUCAGCCUGCAGGUGUUCAUGGACCACCUGAAGAAGCUGGCUGUCUCCAAUGCCUGUUAGAUGGGGGCCCUUGUCCAGGUGCUCCCCAUUGUUUAUAAAGGCUUCGUAACAUUCCUUUCACUUUCCUGGCAGCUUUUACUAAGUAAUCAAAGCAAGCUUUGUAUGUAUGUCUGCAGGUUAUAAUUUAUUUGUAUUCCUGUGUAUGUCCCUUUUCUGUACCAUAAAAUUGUAAGGUCAUAAACAUUUUAGUAGAUAUUUAUGUGCUUUUUUGUGUCCUAACUUGUUAGUCUCUAUGAAAUCAGAGGUGAUGUAUCUUGGCAGCUUGUUUAGAUGCAGAUCUUAAAGCUCAUCAAGGAAAUAAAACUGGACAAGGAAAGCACUAGCUAAAACAGUGCCGAUGCACAUUUGGUGCCUGAGAUCUCCGUGUGUUCGAGUCAUGUGACUUACUUCCUGCGCUUGGUACUCACUCACUGUGUAAAUGCUAGGAGACCGGGGAAGGUAAGACAUGUGUGAAGCUCUGUUGGGGCCAGAGGGUUGGAGUCUGACUCCUGAGUAACUUGCGAGUCCAGUGCAACCCGGUGACGUCAACAACGGCUGACACUGACAACGCAUCUGUCUUAGGGAUCAAGUAAAAUAACUUGAAUGGGUGCUUUUUAAAAAUCCAAGUGAUAUAUAUGUAUGGUCAAAGCAAACACCUUAUCUGGAGAGCUUAUAAAUAGUUCCCUUCUCUCCCUAAUCCUAGACCUGCCACUCAGAACUGCACUCAACUUCUUCUGUGUUUUUGUUGUUGAAAUAUUAAGUUUUAGCAAAUAUCUUCUAGUUUCUAUUUAUAGAAUGAGGAUAUUGAGACCUUCUUUCCAACCUCCAGUUUUGGUCAAUGAUACCUUUAUUUUUAUAUUAUCAAGAUUGGCACAAUUUAUAUUUUAGCCUAUAACUAUAAUUUUGUAUUUUUGUCUUUUAAGUUGAUUGUGAAAGCUUAAUAAAAUACAUUUACACAA